AGCCGACCCAGUCCAAUCUGACCUAACCUCACGUCAAGUGACGUCAAAAUUUGUCAUCCGUGCGCAUCGUUUCGUCGUAGAGCGAUUAAGGAGUUUCGCGGAGGGGACAACGACGGGACGCCGCCGCGCCGGGGCCGAUAUCUGUCGUCGGGCUUGAUUCGCACGAGCGCGAGGAGAGUGACGAAGUGACGCGUGACGUGGCCCCGCGAGGGAUACCGCGGUGCCAUGGAAAUGUCUCUGCCCACCGAGUGAUGACAUACCCAGACCGCCGUUUCUCACGGAGGAGAUUGAGCGUGAUAUUUGAGAGCGGCCUGUGCGUGACGUUUAUUUAAAACAAUGAUGGAGUUGAGUCAUAGCCUGACCCUCAACGAGGAUGCUCUUAAUCAAAUCCCGGAGGCGAAGCGACCGGUCUUCAUUUUCGAGUGGCUACGCUUCCUGGACAAAGUUUUGGUUGCCGCUCAAAAGAGCGACAUUAAAGAAUGCCAGCAAAAGUUGGUGGAGCAGUUGACCAGGCAUAUGCAAGGAGCACCUGGUCCACCCACCCGGCGUCUCAUCGCAAGAUGCCUGGCGACUUUGUUCAGCGUAGGCGACACAUUCCUGCUCUUUGAUACCGUCAACAAGUGUAAUGAUAUCUUGAGGAAUAAGGACGAUUCGCCGAGCUUUCUACCCACGAAAUUAGCUGCUAUUUGUUGCGUGGGAUGCAUGUAUGAGAAAUUGGGAAGAAUGAUGGGCAGGUCAUAUGAGGAAACUGUGCAGAUUCUAAUAAAGUCCCUACGUUCUGCGGAAUCACAGACGCGGAUAGAAAUUAUGCACACAUUAGAAAAGGUGUGCGCUGGAAUGGGAUCCGCGAUAACCAAUGUGCAUAAGGAGAUAUACAAAGUUUCCAGGCAUUAUCUGACCGACAGAGUGAUGGCGGUGAGAUGUGCCGCCGCCAAGUGUUUACUGGAGAUGUUGAAUCACGCUCCGUUUUUGUAUACGACCGAAAUCGAAAGCGUUGCAACGCUAUGCUUCCGGGCAUUCGAAGGUUCGAAUUACGAGGUGAGAUGCGCCGUCGCUAAAUUAUUGGGCACCUUAGUGGCAAUGACGCAGCUUCCUUCACCCAAGAUAAAAAAUCCCACAGUUGCGCACAACAAAGGUGUUAAGCAAGCUUCGCUUGAAGAGGUGUUAAAUAUCCUGAUGUCCGGAUUUUUAAGGGGCAGCGUCGGCUUUCUGAAAGGGACCGGCGAGAUCAUAAAAGGAAGCUCCAGCAUAAACAGAGAAGUGCGAGUUGGAGUGACACAUGCAUACGUGGUGUUCGUUCAAAUGUUGGGCGGUACCUGGCUGGAACGAAAUAUCGGCACGUUAAUCGCGCACGUUUUAGACCUGGUUACAAACCCGAAAGCCGCUAGCUCGCACGUCGAGGCGGUGUACUCGCGCAAAUGCGUGAACUUUAUACUACGCGGUACCGUCGGCAAGUUGUUAGGCGAAGGCGCUCAAGCAGCCGCUUGCAAAGAGAUAGCGCACAUCAUUCUGAAGCAGAUGAAUUCCAUCGAUUUCAGUCCGGAAAACGCCAAAGAUUGCAAUCAGGAAACGUUAUUCAGCCAGCAUUUACUAGUGUGUGCGCUGCAAGAAAUGGGCAAUCUGAUUUUGGGAUUAGGUACCACGGCUACGAAUUUGCUAUCCGAUCAAUCUCUAAAUCUGAUCGAUGCCAUAAUGGCCGUCCUGGUGCAUCCGUGUCAAGCGGCCAGACUGGCGGCAGCCUGGUGCUUGAGGUGCAUAUGCGUGGCAGUGCCGAGUCAAAUAACGCCGCUGAUCGACCGCUGCGUCGACGGGAUUGAGAAUAUGCGUAGCUCGCCGGAGGCUAUAGCCGGCUACAGCAGUACCCUUGCCGCGGUGGUGGGCAGCGUUCGUCUGUCACCUCUGGGAAUCCCCCAUACUAAGGGAAAGAUAAUUUUCAAUACAGCGGAAGAGCUCUUGAGAAGCGCGAGUCAGAACAGUCGUUUGUCCUUAAAUCGCACGCAUGCAGGAUGGCUCCUCAUAGGCGCGAUAAUGACUCUAGGUGCGGCGGUAGUAAGGGGCUUGUUCCCGAGAAUGUUACUCCUGUGGAGAAACUCCUUCCCGCGCUCGAACAAGGAACUCGAGAGUGAAAAAGCUCGCGGCGACGCUUUCACGUGGCAGGUGACUUUGGAAGGACGUGCCGGCGCGUUGUCCGCCAUGUACAGUUUCCUGCUGCAUUGCCCGGAACUUCUGGACGACGAUAUUAUACGACGAUUACUCACGCCGAUCGAAUCCGCUCUGGCGAUGCUGACGAAUUUGUCUCCUGUUUUGAAGAAUUAUGGCCAGCAAUUGAAAGCCCCUGCGGCCAUGGUUCGUUUGCGCUUAUAUGAAACAUUAUUGCUGAUUCCACCGCAAAUGUUUGAAGGUUCUUAUACACAUCUUCUGAGGAUGCUGGUAUCGGAGUUCACGCUUACGGAUAAUCCUGGAAACACGACUACUUCCUUAUUGAGUGUAGUUUGCCAUGCUAACGAUUCCGUGAUUCUCGGUACGUGGCUGCAGGAGACCGAUCAUCGCACAAUAGAAGACCAAAUGGAACCAAACAGAAGGGCAGAUUUGGAACAUCUUCAACCAAAUAGUGCUGCGGGAUCUGGAGCACUGGAACAUAAUACAUGCUGUCUUUACAGACCAAUGCCAAACGUAAGUUUAAAAAAUCAUUUUUUAUAUAAUCAAAUUUAAAAAAAUUCAUAUUCCUCUCUGUAGAUUUUUAAAUCCUACUGCUAAUUACAAAUAUGGAGCAAAUUAUAAUACGAAUUUAUGAUAUUAUGAUUGCAGUAUGAAAUGAUUCCUGGUCCCCUGCCGUUGGGCGUAGCGGUGAUCGAUCUAUCGGUCGCGUUGUUCGGCCAGAUAUUCCCGCGUGUAGCAAACAAGCACAGGCUGCAGAUGUUGGAUCACUUCAGCGAGUGCAUAAAGCACACCAAGUCCGGGAGGCAGGAGGCGAUACAAAUGAACGUGUUCACGGCCGUAUUGAGCGGCUUGAAGGGCCUCAACGAGGCGAAGACCGGCUUCGGGCAGGAAGACGUCAAGAAAUCCGCCACCAAUCUCAUCAUCAGCACGCUGGUCAGCAGCAACCCCAUUCUACGAUGGGCGGCGGGAGAAGCGGUCGGCAGAAUGGCCCAGGUGAUCUCCGACCCGAAGUUCACCGCGGAAUUGGCGCAGACCAGUUUCGACCGGUUGAAAUCGGCACGCGACGUGGCCAGCAGAACCGGCCACUCGCUGGCGUUGGGCUGCCUUCACAAGUACGUCGGCGGAAUGGGCUCCAGCCAGCAUCUCAACACCAGCGUCAGCAUCCUGCUCGCACUUGCGCAGGAUAAUUCAUCUCCCGUAGUGCAAGUUUGGGCGCUGCACGCUCUGUCUCUGAUAGCUGAUUCCGGUGGACCAAUGUUCAGAGGCUACGUGGAGCCUACGUUGUCCUUAGCACUGACCCUCCUUCUCAAUGUUCCUCACUCCUACAUCGACGUGCAUCAGUGCAUCGGAAAGGUUUUAUCGGCGCUUAUCACGACGAUAGGACCAGAAUUACAAGGCAACACUUCAACGAUUUGCAUGGCGCGGUCGUCAUUUUUGUGCGCGUGUGCCAUUAUGCAGGACCAUCAGGAUCCGCUUGUUCAAGCCGAGGCGACCGGUUGCCUUCAACAGUUACAUCUCUUCGCGCCCAGACACGUCAAUUUGUCGUCCCUCGUUCCUACAUUAUGCCGGACCCUAUCGAGCAAUCAUUUGCUUCUGCGUAAAGCUGCGAUAUCGUGCCUGCGGCAGCUCGCUCAGCGCGAGGCGAAGGAGGUGUGCGAGCACGCGAUGACUCUGGCUAACGAGAGCAGAGACACUAACGUGGUGGAGGGUCUCGCCGUCACCGAGACCGGUCUCGCGGGCGUGCUGUUCAGUAUGCUGGACACGGAAACUGACAGCAAGCUGAUCAAGGACAUCCACGACACUUUGACAAGCAUGCUGCAAAUAUUGGCGGCCGACAAUUUGUCCCAGUGGUUGUCACUGUGCAAAGACGUCCUCACGAUAGCCUCAGAAUCGAGUACGAUCGAGGAGGGCAACGCGGCGAACGCGGAGGAUAGCGCCGCCGACAACGAAUCAGCGGACGCGGAGGGGGACGACGAUCAGGCCGAGUUCCACGCUGACGAGUCCGCGAAACAGCGACCGUCUAUCACGCCGAGAUGGCCAACGAGAGUCUUCGCCGCGCAAUGCGUCCGACGCAUCAUCGCGGCUUGCGAGAACAACAAGCAGGCUCACUUCGAUCUCGCUCUGGCCAAAGAGAUGCAACAGUCUAAGGGAAAAGGAGACUUUCUGGUGUUACACCUGUCGGAUUUGGUGCGCAUGGCGUUCAUGGCCGCGACCAGCGACUGCGAUCCACUGCGACUCGAAGGUCUCAAAACUCUGCAGGAGAUCAUUGAUAAAUUCGCCGAAGUUCCCGAACCGGAGUUUCCCGGGCAUUUGUUGCUGGAGCAGUUCCAAGCACAGGUCGGAGCUGCUUUAAGACCAGCCUUUUCCCCGGAAACACCGUCGCAUGUCUCAGCUGCAGCCUGCGAGGUUUGCAGCGCAUGGAUCGGCAGCGGCGUCGCUAGGGAUCUCAAUGAUCUGCGAAGGGUGCAUCAGUUACUCGUAUCGUCCCUGGAGAAAUUGAGAGAGGGUAACACUCGGCCGCAGCUGUACAACGAGAGCUUGUCAACGUUGGAAAGACUGGCGAUUCUCAAAGCGUGGGCGCAGGUGUAUGUAGUUGCAAUGAUAAGAGACGGAUCCGCAUUGAAUAGCAAGGAUACGAUUAAUCGAAACGUGAAUCAAAUCGAUGAAGCCAACGAGGAGAAUUUUGGGGAAUUCGAGUUUCAGGGCGAAAGUUUGCUGAGCCUCGUCCAGCCGGAACUUCUGAGUCUGAGUCGACAUUGGCUAUCCGCACUGAGGGAUCACGCAUUGCUCUCGUUGCCGCCAGAAUUCUCCAGUCAGUUGCCGCACGACGGUGGUGCCUUCUACACGACGGACACCAUGGAGUCCGCGCGUCCUCACUACGUAGAAUCGUGGGCGCCGAUUCUCUACGCCGCGACUCUCUGGCUCAAUGCGAGGGGAUUCGAAAUGGGUGACAGCAAUCAGGAGAAAGCGACGAAUCUUACUAAUAACAACAAUCAUAACAAUUAUAAAAACAACGACGAAGCUGCUGCUUCUAAAACUAACACGAAUGUCGAACGUUUUCACUUGUUAUUUGGUAUAUGCAUGGAAGCUCUGUACAGUCCUCGCUCCUCCGAGUCCGAGCGAAAUAUAAAGACAUGUUUGAAUGCGUUAUACACGUUACUCGACUCAACGUGGGCACGUGAGAUCUUCAUCAAGCAACGUUCCUUGCCUAUCGAAUUAUGUAAUGUUCUUGUUAGAUUACUUUUGACACGAGAGAGUUAUGCCAUCCAAAUGAUAGUAAUCGAAGUGCUGAAGCAGGUGAUGAAGGGAGCGCAGGAGGAUCUGGUCGCGAGAAAAAAAUUGAAACUCAAAGAUAAUACAUUGGCGCAUCAAGAAAACAACGAAGCGACAGAAGAACUGGAUCUGCUGGGUGAGGGAGAGGAGAGCGGCGAUCUAUCGCCGGGCUCAUCAUUAGUGUUCGCUGUCCUGGAGGUGUGCCUGUGUCUCCUGGUGCGGCAGAUACCGGCGCUGAAUCCGAAUCCCGGCGGUACCACGGCUAUCUUAUCUCAGAAAGGAUACGUCUCGUCCGAGAACAGCGGCAAGCUGAUCGCGUCGACCCUCAAUAUAAUGGAAUCUCUUCCCACGUUAUGCUCUCCGCAAGGCGCAAUAGCUGUUCUCCCGACGCUGCUCUAUCUGGCAACGGGCGUGAUACGCGAAACCGCGGUGCGUACGGACACCGACAGCACCAAAUCCGGUUCGGAAACGCCGGUUCACGCUGCGUUGCACUGCGUCAAGAGUCUCAUCGCUAACAAAUACGCCCGGGAUCACAGGAGUCAGAAGCAAUGGACGGGAUUACUGCGAAGCGCGCUUGCCAAGAUCAUCGACCUGGCCAAAACAGGCAAUGACGAAACUAAGAUGGACGAGGUGGCGAUGAUGCUGGGCAUCGCAGUAUUCGUGCUCCACGCGUCGUCAGACGUGGUGAGCGCUCCGAAUCUGCAAUUUCCGUGCAUUAAUCACUUCCGGCAUGCGUUCCAAUCUGAAAACUUAACGGUGAAACUGAAAUGCGUGCAGACGUUAAGAACAAUAUUUCUGCAUCCGGAUCGUAAUAUAAGUACGCCAUACAUCCACGCGCUCGCGCCACGACUGGUAGAGUACCUGUAUAGCGACAAGAGCAAGCAGGUGAUGAAUGACAUGGAGCUGACCUUCACGCUGGAGUGCGCCAGCACGGUGGAAACCCUCAUAGGACUCGCUGAUCUUUCUAAUCGAGAUCUAUUACAAGGUAUUCAAAUGCUAACUCUGCUUGUGCCGAUUUUAAUCAAUUACUUGCUGGAAGGAGACGAGCUCCAGCGUGCUACUAAAUAUCAAGUGAGCCUCCAUCAACAGAGUUUCCAGUGGCUCAAUAAGAUCGGGCCGAAGUAUCCGCAGGAAUUUAAGACGCUGAUGUCGCAAUCCACCGAACUGAAAACGAAAUUAGAGAACGCCGUAAGGACGAGCCAUCAGCAGGCGCAACGACACACCCGGACGGUCGAUCUCGUGAAACCGCAAAUCAAAACAUCCGCGCCGUCAAUUAAAUUAAAAACCGACUUCUCCAAUUUCAAUUAAAAGGAGAUCGUACAUGUUGCAGAUAAUGAGAAAUAAGAGAUAAUUUAUUAAAACUUCCGUAAGACUAACGUAAAUAACGAUAUUAGCGACUUUGUCGUAGAUCCGAUCGUUUCAGCAAACGAAAAUGAAUUGAAAUGAAUAGAAAUGAAUUCAUUUCGACAUUUUCGAAUUGGCGCUUCUGAUUUUUCGAAUCCAUUUGAAUCAAAGAAUAAUAUAAUAUGGACAUUAAUACAUUAGAAUUCAACACGGUGAAUAGCUCUUUUCGUAUUUCAAUUUAUUUGUAUAAAAAAAAUAAUAGGUACAUGAAUGCAUCUUCGGACUCUAAAGCGCCAAUUCGGAUAAAUUAAAAUGAAUUGCAAUUUUCAAUUCAUUUGAAUUCAUUUUCAUUUGCUGGCGUUAACGCGAUUAACUGAUUACACCGAACAAUUUAUAAAUUGUCAGGCAAAUCGAAUUAAUUGCUGUUUACAACGUCUUAGCGUUGUGAUAAUUAUUAGGUGAUAUUUCGUUAGAGAAUCGUGUACUCGACUGUACUUAGAAAUAAAAGAUUAGAAAUUAGAACGACGGAUUACGCGACGGAUGCGAAAGGGAUAGGACAAUUUGACGUGAAUGGGAAAAGUUGAUGUCGAUCAAUUAAUCGCUACUAUAAAAAAAUGAUACUUAUCUUACAUUCUCGUCAUCCCAUUUUAACUUCUUCAUUAGUACAAUAACGUUCCUAAUUUGCCAAUUAUGCUUUCCAAGAAGGUAACUUUAUAUCAGACUUUCAAAUUGUAUAUAUAUAUAUGUAUGUAUAGAAUUUAGCGUAUAACAUAGAGAUUAUUAAUUUAUUCAAUGAUAAAAAAAAUAACGAUGUUGAUGUAUAUUCUCACAUCACAACUUUGAUGGAUUGCGACAGUUAACAAAGUGACAGUUCAAUUCCAUGAGAGGUGUGGUGUUAAAAAAAUUAAACGACUGCAAAUACAAUAUGCACAAAUAAUUUAUAUAGCUGAUAUAAUAUAGAUAUUUCCAUGCUCAUUCACAUCAUUAAUUCACGACUCAGAAGUUUUACUUUAAAAUCAUUCUUAAAGUAACCGACAGGUAUACAUUCGAUAGAAUUAUUUAUUAACAAAUUAUAAUCACAUGGGUUUCCUUGGGAAAACAUUUGCCAUAAAACGGAUGCAUAUAAAAUAAAUAUAGACUGUUUUGAUCGAGAACAUAUUUAACGUUCUUCUGAUAAGAAGACUGAUAACUCGCUAUGCUUUUUAUUUAAUAAUUUUUAAUACACGGAUGCGAGGAGAGAGAGAGAGAGAAAGAAAAAAAGGCAUGUGUUUGUUUUGCAUAUCUAGAAAUUUUAUUAUAGAAUUGUUAGUAAUGGAGUAGCGAUUCCAAUCGAACGAACGUCUGAUAUAACAUAUCGAAUUAUACCGAGCUUCUUUUCUGUAAUAUAAAAAUUAUACCGAGAUUUUUUCUGUAAUAUCGGAAUUUUGUGUAAGAAUAAUGAUCUUUGUUUUCCAAACUGCAAUAAGAUGCACAAGAAGCGCCUUCGGUAAAUUAGUACCGUAUAAUGCUGGGCAUUACAGCGAAACGAUUUGUAAAAUUCGACAAUUCUUUUUUUUCGUAUUUGAUCCUUAAACAGAGCUAGAUUGUAGAUAUGAACGAAAAAUACGAACGAACUGCGUGAUCAUGAGUGUAUGUAAAUUGAAAUUAGAAGACGUAAUUCAGAAAGUGGAGGAAAGUGGCGGACUUGACGUUACUCGUAUUACUGUGUUUUUUGAAGCCUUAGGAAAUCGCAGUAGGCGAGCCUGUAGUUUAGAUACAAACGUUUAGACGUUGCAGUACAGACGUCGUUUUUACAUAGAUUGUGGACUUCACUGGCGAUUUUGUCAAUCGCUCAGUGAUGUCACUGCAAAUCGAAAGACGUGGGUAAAAGGAAUCGGUGGGAAUUUCAAUGUCACACGAUAUUGAAUUCCUAAAGAUUUCUCCUUUUCUACCGGAGCGAAUUUUUUGGGAAAUCGCACGUAUACAAAACUACCUUUCCAACUUCCACUUCGAAGUUCGGCGAGUCUCGCAAUGUCUGUAUAUAAUUGAGUUCGAAUUGCACGGUAGAUCUGACGUAGCGCGCGUAAAUUUUGUGAGGCGAACCAGGAGACGAAUUAUUGUAAACGUGGAAUGGAUUAGUGCUCGAUAGAGAUGUUCUACUAUUUUUAUAUGAUUAUUUUAGGGACCCGUUGAGAUUAUUUGUAACUUUUAAUUGCACACCGCGAGAGGAGCAUACGCGACCGUUCAUACAUAAUAGUGUACUGUACAUCUGAUCCACCGAACUUCCAUAUACAUUUUAAGUCGCGUUCCGAUUGACAGGAAUUCUUGUCGAAUUCGAUGAAUAUGGUACAAUUGUGUAGUGUUGUAUUACAUAACUGUUGCAGUUUCGAUGAAAAUAAAUUAACUCUUAAUCGCA